CCUCGUUCAGUGUCCUAAAACACCAACAAAGACAACAAGAAGUAGUCAAAAUCUCGAUGAAAGCUAAGUCCCAGCCUCGGUUAUGGAACUCAAAUGCCACCAUUUUUAUUCGUCUUUCCAUUUAUUCAUAUUCCAUUCCUUCUUCUUCUUCUUCUUCUUCACGCUUCUGUACUCUUCCUUUAAAAGCAACUUCCAUGUUUUCCCUUCCUUGAUUUGAUUUCUCCCCUACACUUCCCAAUUUUCUUUUUUAUUUUUUCUAUAAUUAUUGGAAAUUUUUUUGUAUUUCCCUUUUUUCCUUUUUUGGUUGCAAUGUACAGUGCGGAUCGUUGCUUGUUCGUUGAUUCGAUCAGGGUCUCACGACAAGAUGGCUUGUUUCUCAGCGACAAAACAGUUCCUUCCUCGUUCGUUUCAUCCAUUUCACUAAAGACCCAGAAAUGUUUUGUCGAUAAAAACGAAAAUGUGUGUUUGGUUUCGUGUUCUUGGGGUGGUCAAACCCUGGGUCCUGUGAAGUCGAGGAGAAGUGGUGGCAAAGGGGGAUGGGUUUUAUCGGUGAGUUUGUCGAGGGAGGAAGGGUAUGUUGGGGACUCAGGAGAAGAUUGGGGGCAAAACGGGGAUAACAAUUUGGAAACGGUGGAAGAGGUGAAAGAGAAGAAGGGAUCAGGUGCUUUGAAUACCACCAAACAUCUCUGGGCCGGUGCUGUUGCUGCUAUGGUUUCAAGGACAUUCAUUGCUCCAUUGGAGAGAUUGAAGUUGGAAUACAUAGUUCGUGGUGAAAAGAGAAGCCUUAUCGAAUUAAUUAAAUGGAUUGCAGCUUCGGAAGGGUUGAAAGGUUUUUGGAAAGGGAAUUUUCUCAAUAUUCUUCGUACGGCUCCUUUUAAGGCUAUCAAUUUCUAUGCUUACGAUAUUUAUAGAAGUCAACUAUUGAAAUUGUCCGGGAAUGAGGAAGCCACGAAUUCGGAGAGGUUCCUUGCCGGUGCUGCAGCUGGGAUUACUGCAACUUUGCUUUGCUUACCAAUGGACACUAUAAGGACAGUAAUGGUAGCUCCGGGUGGGGAAGCUUUGGGAGGAUUGAUUGGUGCUUUUUGUCAUAUGAUUCAGACUGAAGGGUUCUUUUCUCUUUAUAAGGGACUAGUCCCCUCGAUUAUAAGCAUGGCACCUUCAGGUGCUGUCUUCUACGGUGUCUAUGAUAUAUUGAAGUCGGCCUAUCUUCAUUCUCCCGAAGGGAGAAAAAGAAUUCAAGACUUGAAACAAGGUGGUCAAGAACUGAAUGCAUUUGAACAAUUGGAAUUAGGUCCCGUUAGAACAUUACUGUACGGGGCGAUUGCAGGUGCGUGUUCCGAAGCUGCUACUUAUCCAUUUGAAGUCGUGAGGAGGCAUCUUCAAAUGCAAGUCCGUGCGACAAAGUUAGGUGCAUUGGCAACCUGUGUCAAGAUAGUUCAGCAAGGUGGAAUUUCCGCUCUUUAUGCAGGAUUAAUCCCCAGCUUAUUGCAGGUAUUACCAUCAGCUGCCAUAAGUUACUUGGUUUAUGAGUUCAUGAAGAUAGUUCUAAAGGUGGAGCCGGCAUAGACGAAUUUUAUCUACUUGACUAAAAACAUUGGAUCAGAGGUAACUUCGGUGUCGAUUGAGGCUGCGGAUGUUGUUUUAUUUCAUGAGAGGGAAAAAAGAAAGGCCUAAGUCGAGUUCGAAAUUUACCUAUACCAUUUUACAAGAACAAUAGACGGAUGGUAAACAUUAUUGUUUCUAAAAUUCAGUUUGACAUGAUGUUUGUUUAAACUUACCAUAUUUCAUAGUUCAACCUCAUUGGCUUGUAUGUUUAUGCUAAACAUGAAUUGCAGCUAUGUGCUUCUUGUUUCAUAGAAUGCUUCAAUGAUUAUAAAUUUAUGAUUGAAUAAA